GCCAGCGGGGUGCGCCAGGCCUGCCAGCUCAGGGUCAGGUGACCUCCCCGCCCGGCCACCACAGCCUGGCCCUCUGCGCAGACCUCUCCACGCUGCCACCGUGGACAGUGGCUCCUCCCCGGGCCCGGGAAGGCCUGUGCCCGCCGCCCUCAGCAGGCCGGACCCCCCUCCACGCUCUCGCUGUCCCGGAAGGAGCCCUGGGGCCCGCCGUCCACCGCUGGGAGGAAAGCUGUGCUAUGAGAGCGGCCAAGGCCCAGGAGAAAGGUGGGGAGCUCUGACGCCCGGCCUUCUGUCCUGGAGCUUCAGCUGCUGCCUCAGGACAUGGUUGUGCAGGACAGUGCGGCCCCCGGGGACGCCGGGCGGGUGCUCCUGCAGCCCUUCCUGCACCAGGUGGGGGGGCACCUGAGUGUGAUGCAGUACGACGAGGACACCGUGUGCAAGCCCCUGGUCUCCCGGGAGCAGCGCUUCUACGAGUCCCUGCCGCUGGCCAUGAGGCGCUUCACCCCACAGUACAGAGGCACCAUCACGGUUCACCUACAGAAGGACAGCCUCGGCCACCUCAGCCUGGUCGCCAGCCCCCUGCGGGAGAACCGGGAGUCCUUCAAGGUCUCCGCGGGGCCGGCGGUGGUGGCGAUAUGGCAGAAGCUCCAGCAGACCAGCGGCGGUGGCGGCAGUGGUGCGGGGACCCUCUCCCAGUGGCAUCACGCCCAGCUGGCACGCGCGCUCCAGGAGAGCCCAGCCACUGCACUCCUGAGGUCCGAGUUCCACCUCAGCACCCACGUCGCCUUCCUGGUGGAGGAUGCUAACGGGAACCAGGCCAAGAGGGGGAGCUUCAACCCGUGGGGUCUGCACUGCCACCAGGCCCACCUGACCCGCCUCUGCACUGAGUACCCAGAGAACAAGCAGCACCGGUUCCUGCUGCUGGAAAACGUCGUGUCACAGUACAAGCACCCCUGCGUGCUGGACCUGAAGAUGGGGACCCGGCAGCACGGGGACGACGCCUCCGAGGAGAAGAAGGCCCGCCACAUGACGAAGUGCGCGCAGAGCACCUCGGCCUGCCUGGGCGUGCGCAUCUGCGGCAUGCAGGUUUAUCAAACGGAUAAGAAGCACUUUCUCUGCAAAGACAAGUACUAUGGAAGGAAACUCUCCGUCGACGGGUUCAGACAAGCUCUCUAUCAGUUCCUGCACGACGGGACCCGCCUCCGGACAGAGCUGCUGGGGCCCAUCCAGCGCCAGCUGCAGGCCCUCCUCUCGGUCAUCAGGAGCCAGAGUUCAUACCGCUUCUACUCCAGCUCCCUCCUGGUCAUCUACGAUGGGCAGGAGCCGCCGGAAAGUGCCCCGGGCAGCCCGCACCCUCAGGAGGCUCCGCAGCCGGUGCCCGGCAGCUGCCCCGGAGGCCUCCCCAAAGUUGACAUCCGGAUGAUCGACUUUGCUCACACCACAUACAAGGGCUCCCGGAAUGAGCGCAGCACCUAUGACGGACCAGACCCGGGCUACAUUUUCGGCCUGGAAAACCUCAUCCAGAUCCUGCGGGACAUCCAGGAGGGGCAGUGAGCGUGGCGGCCACCCGGUUCUGCAGCAUAGAAUCCAGAGACCUAUUGUAGGAUAGUCUAGACACCCCUUAGAUGUCGUCACAAUCAUAGCUACAUCCAGGAGCCAUCACUCCACUCGGGCUGAGUGAAGAGCUGCUGAAGCUGAGGAAGGCAGCUCCGGAGAGAACUCACAAGCCUGGCGUCCCAUGCUAACUCGGGUCACUCCGACUGGAUGGUCCGGGUGAGACGGCGCAGGAAUUAGAGGCAGCAUCACAGCGAGACUCUGCAGUGUUUGAUUUAACAUGCUUCCUUGUCACGCUGCCGUCCUGGCCAGCUGUGAUGCAAACCCUCAUUGAAGAGGGGCUCCCGGUCAUGGUCUGCCUCAUGGGCGGCCUGUGCCAAGGGCAGGCGCAGGUGAGGAACACCUCUCACCUUCCUAAGAGGCACUGCAGGGCGAGGGGGACCACGCUGCCCAUCUCACCAGCUGCAUGCCAGGUUCUGCACGGACAGGACAACCCCCGCCAAGCUAGCAAACCAGCACCCGGAGCCCCACUGCGCCUGCGGAGGAAAGGUCUCUUUCCGGACUUCCAAGUUCCUGUUGGAAGCAGCCAUUCUGCCAGAACCUGGCGGUGAAAUGCAGCUUCCAGAGGAGGUCGAUGUGCAUGCGGAGGAGCCUCUGGUGUUAAGCUACACACUCAGCUUUCUGUUUGUUUAGGGGGCCGGGGGGGUGGGGGGAGUCAUAAAUGAGGAGCCUGGAGGACGGAGGAAACCAGGCGCAAUGUUUACAAGACCGGUGGGUGGACGAGUGUGAAGGCGAAACAAAGAGCAACCGGUUCUAAUUAAUUCCUUCUUCGGCGCUGCACAAGCUAUUACAAUGCCCUUGAGUGGAGCACAGAUGCUCCACUCAAGGGCAAUGGGAAAUAAAUUAGGGAAAUAAAUUUGUUAAUAAAAUUGCUGAGGUCAUCA